CAGACAGAGCUGCCAACAUACACGAUUUUGGCGUAGCAGAUACGAUUUCCAGGCCCUAAUUACGCCGCUACGCUUGACUUGAAUAUCCUACGCAUUACCCAACAAAUCGAAAAAUGAAUCGUGUAGCUGGCAGCCUCGUGCCUGUGUUGACAUCCAACCAGCCCUAAAGCUCACAUAUAAGCCGUUUUAUGAUUCGUCCCUUGCGUUGACAAAGAGCCAAUAGGAUCGGCUGUACUUCUUUUUUGUAAUACCCUCACUACUGUUACCAGGAUGCUAUGCUGUUUUGGCUCCCGCUGUUGAUGAAGAAUUCUAUUCAUGUAGACCAGUGCCGUGCGGUGAGCUCGUAGCUGGCUUUCAGAGUCAGAUAUGUGAAAAAUAUGUGAAGUCAAUAGAGUUUAUUAAAACAUAAUUCAAUUGGCAGCUUGCACAUUGACUACUGGUUGUUUUUCAUAUUUUAUCUCAGCAUUCUUCACACACACCUAUGAUAGGUACAACGAGUUGGCAGUUGGUAGCUAGAGAACUGGUGUUAAUAACUGGUAGGCUAAUAUAUUAUUUCAUGCGAAGAUGCACAGGCACCCUGAGGAUUUUUACCUUUACCCAUUGAAAUACAAUGAGUUAAAUCGGGGAAACUAUAACAUCAGCUCGAUAACUAGCUAUCAUUACAUGCGAAUUGAACGCUUCCAUUUAAAUCGUUUAGGUUAUUUAAGUCUCUUGAGCUAGCUAGCAUAGCAACUAGAUAACUAUAGCAACCAAAAAACACAACUUUAGCUGCACAGUUUAAUUUCUCAAACUCAGCUCACCAAUACAUAAAAAAAAAGAUCGUUGGGUUCAAAGUGAUCACAACGACGUUGUAUGAUGUUAAAUGGAUGACAGACAUUAAACAAUCCCCUCGGAAACACUCGGAUAUCAAUGUAAUCUUGGCUAAUAAUUAAACGUACUGGUGGCUUUCCAUUCGUCUGCAUUUGCAUUGUUGUAUUUUGUGGCAGAUUCAUCGGGGUAAAUCAUUAUGGUUACAUACUGUUACAUAUAUAUAUCGGGGUAAAAUCCAUCAAGCAUCUUUGUAACACAGCAGGGAGGCAUUAUACAGGAGGUGCUAAUUUCUCACUAGCUCCGCUUUGUGAGGGAUUGCUCAAUCUGACGUGAGGCGCCGCUCUUUGCCUUACCCCGCUUGUCUCCUCUGCUCAGGUCACGAGCAAAUUCAGCUAUUUUGGUUAUAAAAUUAUUUAAGAUCAUUGGAAUCAUACAAAAAUUACAUUUAUAGCACAGAUAAGUAGAACAUAUUAAUAUCUGGGUUUUUUUCAUUAUAUAAUUUAACAUAUGUGUUGUGUUUUUAUUAUCUUAAUUUCUAAUGGACCAAUGAUAAUUCGUGAAUACACUAUGCCCGCGAAAUCGCGGAGCGAGCUGUCAGUUGAAGUCUAUCAAAAAUGGAUGGUGAACGUACUUGUCCUCCGCUGAAAAAGCGGCGAAUUUCUGAACAGCGCUUCAAGCUAGAAUAUAACGCAGAAUGGCCGACCAUCACCCGGUCGAAGCUGGACGACUUCCACGCUUACUGUAUGUUGUGUAAGACAGAUUUUAGCGUGAGGCAUGGGGGCCUGCUAAACACACGUCAUACAAGGCGGCAGUGGAAGCUACAAGGCCCAUCGCGGGCUUCUUUACGGUUGACAGUGACACCAGUGUCAUAAAUGCCGAAGUGAUCGCUGUGGACUUUCUGGUGGAACACAACAUCCCGAUCGCGGUGGCCGACCACAUCGGGCCACUGGUGAAAAAGAUGUUUCCGGACUCGAAAAUCGCUGGAAAGUAUGGGUCUGGUCGCACAAAGAGCAGCGCCAUUGUUGGAGCUCUUGCCAAGGAGGAUGCGUCUGUGAUCACGGAGGCAAUGAGGACAGCUCCAUACUCCCUAGCCACGGAUGGGAGCACUGACUAUGGAGACUGUAAGCUGUAUCCUCUUGUUGUGAAGUACUUUGAUCGAGGACUUGGGCGUGUUCUGACAGUACUCCUAUCUUUGCCAGAGUGUCAUGAGGCAUCUACUGGGCAGAACAUAUUCAAACUCAUUGACAAUGACCUUGAGAAACGUAGCAUAUCCUGGGACAACUGCAUGAGUUUUGGGGCAGAUAAUGCCAUGGUGAUGCAGGGACUCAAAGCUGGCACGGCAGGCUACAUCAACAAAAAAAACAGUGCAGUAUAUGUGCUGGGAUGCCCGUGCCAUCUAAUUCAUCUAGCUGCAGAAAAAGCUGCUGCUCAGCUUCCAGUGUCCAUUGAAGAGCUGCUGGUGGACAUAUACUUCUACCUAGACAAAUCCAGCAAGAGGAAACAGGGACUGAAGAAAUUUCAGGAUCUGUGUGGAGUGGAAAUGAGAAAGAUUGUUAAACAUGUAAGUACGAGGUGGCUCUCUUUAGAUAAAUGCAUGGCCAGGUUGUUGCAGCAGUGGCCUGCAUUGCUGCAAUACUUUGAGUCAGAACAGUCUGGGCACAGCAGCAAGGACAAGACCACGCAGAGCAGCAGCAAGGACAAGACCACGCAGAGCAGCAGCAAGGACAAGACCACGCAGAGCAGCAGCAAGGACAAGUCCACCCACAGUGUUAGCAAGGACACAUCAACCCACAGUAGCGGCAGCAAGGACAAUUCUCAGUUUGAUUUGGCAGGCUAUCUCUUUCGCCAACAAAACCUAGCCAAAUUCUAUCAGGGAAAGAAAACACCAGCAGCUGCAACCACACAGCCCAAGACUGCAACGGCAAAGCCCAACACAUCUAGCGCUGCACCCACUCGGCCCAAGACAUCUAGCACUGCACCCACUCAGCCCAAGACAUCUAGCACUGCACACACUCAGCCCAAGACAUCUAGCACUGCACCCACUCAGCCCAAGACAUCUACCACUGCACCCACUCAGCCCAAGACAUCUAGCGCUGCACACACUCAGCCCAAGACAUCUACCACUACACCCACUCAGCCCAAAACAUCUAGCACUGCACCCACUCAGCCCAAGACAUCUAGCACUGCACCCACUCAGCCCAAUACAUCUAGCACUGGAGCCACUCAGCCCAAGACAGGGGCACAACAGAGAGUGCAGAGGGCAUGUCAACAUCUGCAGGACCCAACAUUCCAUCUUUACUGCUACUUUCUAAGUGCGGUCCUGCCGAUAUUUGAUGAGGCCAACACUCUGCUGCAGCUAGACAAACCCUGCAUACAAAUACUACACAGGACUUUGACCACACAGCUGAAGAAUCUCUUGAACCGAUUUGUGAAGCCUCAGGUGAUCAAUGCAGCUGCUAAGGUUCACCAGGUACCAUUCAGGGAACCAAGCAACCAGAAGAGCAAUGAGACCUUGUUCAUUGGGCAAAACACCAGAGACUUCAUAAGAGAUCACCCUGAGCUUGAGGAGCUGCAGCUUGCCCAGGUCUUCAGCGCUGUGCGGGCAUUCUACAUGAAGGCUGUUGAGUACAUGGUGAAGAAGUUUCCCUAUGAUGACCCAGUGAUAAGGAAUGCUUCUGUGGCUGACAUGUCUGCACGGGACAGCGCAGACUUCAAUUCUGUGAGGUACUUCACAGGCAGAUUCCCCUGCUUGAAGAUGAGUGCUGAGGAGAUGGACAAGCUUGAGGGUCAAUUCAUGACCUACCAAACCGAUGCUCUGCCAGAAAGCAUCACCAGCUGUGACAGACCAGACACACAGUGGCACCUGAUGAGUCAGCUGAAGGAUGGAAAUGGCCAUCUCAAGUACCCUUUACUCUGCAAGGUAAUGCUGGCUAUCCUCUGCAUCUUCCAUUCCAAUGCAGACUGCGAACGCAUCUUCAGUCUUGUCACAAAAAACAGAACGGAGUUCAGACCUAGUAUGGGAAUGGAGACCCUGAGUAACCUCAUUACCCACAAACAAUUCAUGGUGGCAAAGGGGUCUGUCUGCUACAAGCAGGCGUACUCCAAGACAACUCUUGCCAAGGCCAAGUCAGCAACCUAUGACCAUCUAAAGUGAGAGGUUGAUGAGAUGGUCAUGUCACAGCCAAAGGUUCCCUUGAGUUGAACUCUGUUCUAAAAAAAGGCUGUGUAAAGGUUUUUCAUGUGUUAUUGUUCAGUAUUGUUUCAUGAUGAAUUCUGUUCGGUUAAUAAAAAUAUUUUUUUGUU